AUGCGCAUCCGCGCCUCCAUCCACUUCCGCCGCAUCGUCCUUCUCCAUCCCCUUCUCGGCAUCUUCCUCACCCCCCUGCUCAUCGUCCGACUCCCCAUCCUCUUCAUCCGAAGGCUCGUCUCCGGAUUCGUCUUCCGCCUCGUUUCCGGACUCGUCACCCGUCUCUUCCUCAGCCUCUUUCUCCUCAUCUUCCUCAGCCUCUUCCUCCGCCUCUGCCUCCGCAUCUUCCUCCGCCUCUUCCUCCGCCUCUGCCUCCGCAUCUUCCUCCGCCUCUUCCUCCGCAUCUUCCCCAGCAUCCCCCUCAGCAUUUCCUUUGCAUCUUCCUCCGCAUCUUCCUCUGCAUCUUCCUCCGCCUCUUCCUCCGCCUCUUCCUCAGCCUCUUCCUCAGCCUCGUCCGCCUCGUUUUCAGCAUCGUCACCCGACUUGCCGGUGGCCUUCCUUUCGUCCUCGUGCUCCGCAUCGUCCCAAGCGUCACCCAGACGGAGGGUGAGUGCAGGGAGGGUGAGUGCAGGGAGGGUGAGUGCAGGGAGGGUGAGUGCAGGGAGGGUGACUGCAGGGAGGGUGAGUGCAGAUAGGGUGAGUGCAGUGAGGGUGAGUGCAGGGAGGGUGAGUGCAGGGAGAGUAAGUGCAGGGAGGGUGAGUGCAGGGAGGGUGAGUGCAGGGAGGGGGAGUGCUGGGAUGGUGAGUGCUGGGAGGGUGAGUGCUGGGAUUGUGAGUGCUGGGAGGGUGAUUGCUGGGAUGGUGAGUGCUGGGAUGGGGAGGGAGGUGCUGGGAUGGGGCGGGAGGUGCUGGGAUGGGGAGGGAGGUGCUGGGAUGGGGAGGGAAGUCAUGUGGAUGAGGAGUGCAAGCCCCCUCAUUUGUCGACAAGGCAUGUAA